AUGGCUUCAGAUGUAGAAGCAAAAAAUUCAACAUUACGGGAUGAACAAGACACGAAAGUAGUAGAAGAGCCUGAAAUGACACAAGAAGUACAAAUUAUGCCUAUGAGUGAUAAUGAUACUAAUGAGGAAAAAUCAUCUACUAUACCCACGGAAAAGAGCAAAAAUGAAGAACAGCCCACAAAAGAUAAAGAGUCUCCAGACGUUGACGAUGAUGAUGAAAAUAAGUCUGAUGAAUCUGUUGAACCACUGCCUACCAAAAGGACCAGACCAUCAACUCGAAAAAUGAGUUCACCAGUUUCUAAACGUAGAAAAUCGACAGCAUCAAAUUCAUCCAAUCAAACCCCACCAAAACGAGGUCGCGGCCGUAAACCUAGCAUCAAAUUCGAAGAUGAAGUCGAAUCAGAUGAAUCUCAUCACGAUCAAGAUGAUGACGACGAUGAUUAUAAGGCAGGCGACUCUGAUUAUGAAGAGGUAGAAAAGAAACCAUCCACGAAGAAAAAGGGUAAAAGUGGUCAAUAUCCGAAAAAGAAAACCGCCUGGAAAGUUGAUGAAGAUAACUAUAUGAUUGAUUUUAUUUUGGAUGAAAUGACCUCUCCUGCUUGGAAUCGAAUUGCUAAAGGUCUCAAAGGUCGUACACCGAAUUCUUGUUUAGUUAGAUGGAAAACAUUGCAAAAACGAUUGUAUCAAAAUACUUCAUAA